AUGUACGACAGGGACCUCGUCUCCAAGCCUGAGUGCGAGGUCGCGUCAGUCCGGACGGAGAUUGGCUCCAUGAACGCCGCCAUCAACAAUCUUCAGACGCAAAUUCUCACGAACAAGGGCCGCUUUGACGCAUCUUCCUCUGACCACAACUUCGCGCCGCCGCCGCAUGCUGUGCACAAGCUUCGCUUUCCCAAGUAUGACGGCUUCGGCAAUCCCAUGCGCACGGAUGUCGAGAUGAUGAAGCCUGAGACCUUCGAGGAUGCCAUGUCCCUCACCCGAGCUUAUGAGCAUCGUGCUCAGGUCGAGGACUACUCAUGUGCCUUGGCCCGGCCAUUUCCCCGCUCCUUGGCCCACCCAGCGCCGUUCCCAAUUACCCCCAAGACGUCAUCCGCGAAUGCCACCAGCUCUAGACCAACAACGCUAGGGGCGCCAAUUAAGGCCAGCUCGCAUCAGCCGCGAUUCACACGCUUAAAACCGGAAGAGAUGGCCCAGCACCACCUCGAGGGAGGGUGCUUCAACUGUCCAGAGAAAUUAACCCCUGACCACACCAAGACGUGCUCGAUGCAUGGUGGCAUCUACUUGCUGGAGCUUGUGGAUGACGAGGAUGGUGAUGAAUUUGACCUCGAUAAUUUACGCGUCUCCCUCCAUGCCAUCGCUAGCAUCCGGACGGGGGGCACGAUCCAGCUAGAAACCAAGAUCACGACCGGCUCUGUGCGAGCGCUGGUGGAUUCUAGGUCCACACAUUGCUUCGUGGCCACCGUGACGGCGGCCCACUUAGGCUUGACACCAACAUCGCGCCCCGGGCUGACUGUGGGCAUGGCCAACAGCGAAUGCGUGCCUUCGUUUGGCGUGUGCUCGGUCGUCCCAUCAUCAUCGGGCAAGAGCAUUUCUACAUCGGCAUCUUCGUCACCCCCUCAACGGCUAUGAGAUGGUUCUGGGUUGCUAAUGGCUCCGCACCCUAGGACUAAUUCUAUAGGAGUUCAACGCCAAAUCCAUGUCCUUUUGGCUGCUGGAUCAUCACGUCAAGUGGUUCGGCAUGGGCGCACCGUCGCCGCCAUGGCUCUCCCUUGUCAUCGCCCACGACCUUCUAUCGCUGUUGCUGGAGGAAUUUCAUGACAUUUUUGAGCUGCCAGUGGGGCUACCUUCGGUCAGAUGGCUGGAUCAUCACAUCCACCCGCUACCAGACGUGCUGCCAGUAGUGGUCCGGUCAUACCGGUAUCCGCAGCUGCUCAAGGAUGAAAUUGAGAAGCAAUGCGAGGAGAUGCUGCGCCAAGGAAUCAUUCGACACAACACCUCUGUGUUCUCAUCUUUGGUCCUCUUUGUGCGCAAGAAAGAUGGUUCUUGGCAUUUUUGUGUGGACUACCGGGCCCUCAACUCCAAGACGGUGCGCGACAUCUUUCCCAUACCCAUAUUGACGAGUUGCUGAUGAGCUCCACGGUGCCGAGUUCUUCUCCAAGCUCGACCUGCGCAGUGGAUACUACCAAAGUACGCAUGCAUGUAGAUGACAUCACCAAGAUGGCGUUCCGAACGCACCAUGGUCACUUUGAGUUCAUGGUGAUGCCGUUCGACCUCACCAAUGCCCUAUCCAUGCUCUAGGCGCUCAUGAACGAAGUGCUCCAGCCAUACCUUCAUUGCUUCAUCCUCUUGUUCUUCGAUGACAUCUUGAUCUACAGCUCGACAUUGGUGGAGCAUUUGCAGCACAUUUGGUCCAUUCUGACUACACUGCAGCUUGGAAUGUGUCUUUGGCGAGCGCCAGGUGGGCUACUUGGGUCACGAGAUCAGCGAGGAUGGUGUCACCAUGUAUCAGGAGAAGAUCACUGCGGUGCAGGACUGGCUGCUACCACGGACACUCCGGGCGCUUAGAGGUUUUCUUAGCUUGAUUGGUUACUAUUGUAAGUUUAUUCAUAACUACGGCAUAAUUGCGGCACCGCUCACUACUCUCCUUAAAAAGGAGGGUUUCCACUAGAUGCAGGCAGCCACCGACGCCUUCAAUGACCUCAAGACGACGCUCACAUCAGGGCCGGUCUUCUAGCUCCCUGAUUUCGACAAGGAGUUCGUGGUCGAUUGCAAGGCAUCAGGCACCAGGUUUGGCACCAUCCUGCAUCAGGGACAUGGUCUAGUUGCAUUCUUAAGCAUGCCCAUCAUGCCCUAGCAUGCUAAGCUUGCGGCUUAUGAGCGGGAGCUCAUCAGGCUCGUCCAGGCAGUUCGCCACUGGUAGCCAUACCUCUGGAUGCGCGAUUUCAAGGUCCAAACAGAUCAUUGUGUUGGAGAUCACCAAAAACCCUGUAACCCUCGAACGUCGAUCUAAGACCUUAGCUUAACCUUGCAAGUUUGAGGUGGAAUGGGGUAAAAUGAGAGUUGCUUAACCUUGCAAGUUAGAGGCAGAAUGAGGUAGAAUGAUAGCUGCUUACCCUCGCAUGAUCUUAACUCCAAUAAUGUUCUGAGGGUUAUGAUUGCUGAUCAAGAGUUUCACCACACACUAACCCUUGGAAGUUUUGAAUUUGCACCAACUGUUAGUUUGGUUUCCUUUGUCCUGUGUGCAGAGAAUAAGGCGGCGUGGGACUCUCCGAGGGUAGCUAAGGGGAUAAUAUCCUCAAGGCAGAGCGAAAGAGAUACCUCGAGCGUCCGGGUUCGCUGCAAGCCUCAGAGGAUCGAAUCGCCAGGCAGUGGAAGGACCGCAGGUGGACCCUCGAAGGUGCCGUUGCAGGAAGGGGUGACAUCAUGGAUGUCGCGUGGAGGAAUUCAUACGCAAAGUCUUAAGGGUACCUGGCGGAUGGCAUGAGAAAUGUGACCAUGUGGAGAUGUUCAAUUUGAACACAUGUACUCCAGUGACCUUUAUGUACAGCAUAUUUCAGGAAUGUAGUAGUUGAGUAAGGGUAUUUUUGGAAUGUAAAGUAGGCCAUUGGGCACUAUAAAAGGGUAACCCUACCCUGUUGUAAAGGGAGAUUACUUUUCAAUAGAAAAGAACAUUGUUUCCACUUAAAUCUGUUCAGUAUCAAAUUCAUUUGAGACCAA